UAUUAAAAUAAAAAAAAGUAGUCACUAUGUGUGAUCAAUUAAUUCUUAGUCGUCAAGUUGAUGAGGUUUUGGCGAGAAGCAAAAAAUCAUUACAAGAAAUUCAACAAACUUUAUCAAAUCGUAAUCAAUGUUGCUGUGCAUCACCAAAACAUGAUUCUCUUCAUUCAAUAAGAUCAGUUCAAAAAACUACAGAAACACCUCCACUUUGGGAUAAAGAAUUAAUGGAAAUUUAUAUGAAAAAUCUUGUUGAAACUUAUAUUUGUGAAACCCCUCAAAAUACAACUAAAAUAGAAACGAUGAAUAGAAGAGAUGAAUCAGUGAUGGUAACAGAUGCUGAUUUAAAAGAAAAUCUUAAGUAUAGUAAUGAAGAAAAAAGUUUUGAUGAUGAUAAGUCUAUACAAGAAUUUAAAGCUAAUUGGAAACCUGUUGUAAGAAAUUUAGAAUUAAAAAAAAAAGCCAAAAUCAAAACUUCAAUUACCCCACGUUCAACAAGAACGGCAAGAUUAAGAGCUGAAUUAAGCCGUAAAAGUUUGUUGCAACCACAAAAAGAUUCUGAAAGUAAAAAAAUAACAUCAAAAAGGAAUGAUCUUGAAAUAACAAAUAAUGAACUGUUUCAUAGAUUUAUUAAUCCUAAUUUGGGCGACAAAACAUUUUUCGAAAAAAAUGAUAUAUCUGUUGUUCAUAAUGGAUCAAAUACAGUAUUUCCUACAAGAAUAUUUAAAUUAACAGAAGCUCAGGAACUAGAGAAAAACACUUCUACUAAUAAAAUAGAUAAUGUUGAUAAUAUUGAUCAAGAUAAUAUUGAUAAUUCAAUUGAUCAUAUAGAAAAUCACGAUUCGAAAGAAUCAGUACAAGAAAAUAAAGAUGGGAGAUCAGAUAAUAUGGAUACGAAAAAAUCAUCUACUUGGCAUGACGUCCUUUUAGAAAAAACAAUCAAAAGGCAUAUUUACAAAACUUCUUUCCAAAAGGAAAAUAAAUAUGUUUUGCAAAUGAAACCUAAUCCAACCGUGGGGGAAGAUAAACUCAAUAAGCCCGAUCACUCUGAAGAACUUUAUUCGAAACAAAAAAUAAAUACACCUCAUCGUAAAAAAUUAAUAAAUUUAGGUAGGCACGACUUGGAAGUUAAAGAAGAAUCAGAAGGAAAAUUUAAUAAAUUGACAAUAACAAAUUUGCCUACGCUUUAUAUAAAAGGGGAAUGCCAAAUUCAAAAUUCUUUUUCAGUUCACAUAGAGCCACAAAGAAUGAACGAAACUGGCACUAACAAUAAUAAAUCCAAUGCAGAAAAUACCAAAUUUGAAGAACUUAUUUAUGGUCUCAAGGAUAUUAAUGAAACUGUAAACGCUGAACAAAAAAAUGGCUGUACUAAAGAAGAAUAUGAAACAAAUGUGGAAGAAAAGUCAAAUGUAAGAGAAGAUCUAGAUCCUACAAGAAAAAACGUAAAUAGAUAUUUAUUGCCUUUCAUUAACUCCAAAACAGAAUCAUCCAUAAUAGAGAACACGUGCGAACAAAUAGGAAACGAUUCAGAUUCAUACGAAACUGUAUCAUCAACUAUAGCUACAAAAUCCAAUUACAAAGGUUCCAAAGAGGAGAUUUUGGAAUCAUCCAGCCAAACAGAUGACCAAAAAAUAAAAUACAAAUUUAAAAAAAGAAGAAAAAAAAUUAGAAGUCAAGGAACUCAAGAAGCAAACGAAAUCCAGAAAAACCAAGAAAAUCCUUCCGAAAUUAUAAAUUUCGUGGAAAAUAUAAUGAAGAAAUUCGAGGAAAUUCCUGAAUUAAACUUAUCGGAUACUGAAUCGGAAAAAAGUUUGGCUGAAAUAAACAGGUCUGAUAAUAAAACCCCACAGAAAUCAGAUUUGGUUUAUGUGAAUGAUAAACAUAAAAAAAUUGAGCAAAAAAUGAAGGAUGCACAAAGUACACAAUCCGAAAUCUUAAAAACACCAGUUAAAAAUGAUCAAAUAAAUGAAAAUUUAAAUUCUCUAAAUAAACAGGCUACAGUCGAAAUGAAAGAUACUGUUAAUGCAAUGACCGUACCCGAAUCAAACAGUGAUAUUAUUAACACUUUUUUUAAAAAGAUAUAUUUGGAUGAAACUGAAGGUCUUAAAACUUUUAAAAAUAAUAACAAGAAAAAUCAAAAUGAAACAACUCAAAAUUUUGAUUUUAAUGAAAUUAAGAGUUCCGGUAUUAAAAGCAAUUUAUCGGACCAAAAGAAAUAUCAAAACCUACAUGAUUCAAAUAAAGCACAUACAGUCUCAGUAGGUUGCAAUACGGAACCAAUAUUAAAUCAAUCAAAAAAAAUAAAGGAAAAAUAUACUUCGGAUAGAAAAGAAGGUUCAUCUGAAUCCCAUUAUGAAUCGUCAUCAACUUCAACGUUAUUACAAGAAUGUCCAAAAAAUUUGCUAAAAUCCCAAAAAUCAUCAUCUGAAUCAUCACAAACAUUUGACUCAUGUUAUUUUUACAAUCAAAGAAAAAGUGAUAAUAAAUUUAAAUGCUUUCGAAAUUGCAAUAUUUUGGGCUUGGAAUCAAAGUUUUGUUCACGUCAAAAAUGUUUCAAUCCAAAUAAAAUGAAAUUUUCUAAUAUUAAGGUAUUCGGAAACUUGAAGAACAAUAUUUCUGACAGUUCAUAUACACUGUCUAAUUCUAAGUCAUAUCAUAAGGAUGAUGGAAAAACUAAUAUGUUUAAGAAUUUUAGUGAUAAUUCAAAUAAAAGUUCUUCCUUUGAUACAAUAUCAUUAUACCAAGGCUAUUUUCAUAAUAGUAAACACCAAAAACCAUACGAAUCCGAAGUAAAAAGAGCUGUAAAAAAUUUUUUAAAUUGUUUAGAAACUCAACCGAAAUUGAAAGUACAUCAAAAAGAAAAUAUGGAUUAUAAUUUUGAUUUAAAAUUAUCGGAUAUUCUUUUGACAUCUAGCAAUUUUUCAACAUUUUCUCCAACAAACUCAAAUGGCAGCCAAAUAGAUACAAAGAAGGAGAUAAAUCAUCUUACUGAUCUAAAUUUACAAAAAGAUUCUACUUUUAUUAUUGAAAAUAAGACUGAUACCGAUUCAUCUAAAAUAUCAAUGAAAAAUCUUAUUGAUUCUUCAAGAAAUACAUGUGAUGUUUCAUUAGAAAAAUUUACUAAUUUUAUUGAUGAUCUUAAUAACAAAGAUCAUUUGAAUGACAAACUGGAAAUUAAUAAUGAUAUUGCGAAACGAAAAAAAUCAGUAGAAUUUAAUGAAGAUGCUUUAAGUAAUUGCUCUUCUAGUGAUAACUCUUUAUUUGUAGCAUACAAUAAACUUAAAUCACGUUAUAAUGCUGAAAAACAAGUUAAAAUAGAAGAUGAAAUAGAUAAAGAAAAUGUUUCUGACGGAGAAGUUUUUAGUUUAGGCGAAAUUUAAAAUAGGAUUCUAGUCAUUAAAAAUUUUAAAAUUUUAUUAAAAAAAAUUUAUUCAAAUUUUGUGUUUGAGUUUUUAUAAUUUCAGAAUUAAGAAGAUUAUUUUUAAUUCUAAUUGUUCUAAGAAUUGAUAUGAAU